UGUUUUAUUGAAUAAAUCACCUAUUCAAGAACUGCAUUUUACCAAAAAUAUCAACGUACAUGUUUCUCAAAUGGACAUACCUGUACAAGUGCCAUCUAGCCUUAAAAUUCUGGAUCUUAGUGAUAAUAGUUUGGAAGUGAUAAAACUUAAUACUAAACAAGUUAUAUUCCUCAAUUUAGAAGAUAACAGACUUGGAAAUUAUCUGGCAAAUAAUAGCCUCUGGAUACAAAAGAGUAAACUGCAAUAUAUAAGUCUGUCAAACAACUCUAUUUACAAACUUCACAUAACAAUCUUCAAAGGACAAAAGUACCUCAGAGUUAUUGAUUUAAGAUUUAAUUUUCUGAAAAAUAUUAAUUUUGAUAUGACUUCCCUGGUCGAUUUAGAGAUUUUAAAUCUCAAAAACAAUAAAAUAAAAUAUUUAAGUGACCAAUCAAUAAAGGAGCUAGACAAAGUUUUUAAGAAUAAUGGGAAUGCAAAAAUUGAUUUUAGCAAUAAUCCUCUUCAGUGCAGCUGUUUUACAUUUCCAUUUUUGAAUUGGAUGAGACAUAGUCAUAAACAUUUUACCCAUUUCAUGCACUACAGAUGUGAGUAUGAAAAUGGAAGCUUUUCGAUGCCUCACUCAUUUGAAGAUGUAAUACUUCAGCUUCAGCUAGACUGUACAAAUCAUUCUUACCUGAUUAUUAGUGUGUCAUUUGCUGUUUUGGCUUUUAUAGCAGUAUUAUCAGCAGCAAUUAUUUACAGAAACAGAUGGAAACUGCGUUACUUAUUUUACACAGCAAAGUUAAAGUAUACCUCUCACAGGAACAUGGAAGAAAAUUUGAAUGAAUAUGUUUAUGAUGCAUUUAUUUCUUAUUCUGAAAAUGAUCGUAAAUUUGUCAUAGAAGAAUGCAUCAAAAAUCUUGAAGAAAAUGGAAAUAUGAAAUUAUGCAUACAUCAGCGAGACUUCAUGCCUGGAGAAGAGAUUACACAAAAUAUCAUCAGUGCUAUUCAGAACAGUCGAAAAACUAUAUGCAUAAUUAGCCGAUCUUUUCUUGAGUCUUAUUACUGUAUGUUUGAAUUCAACAUGGCAAGAAUGGAAAGUAUUCAUUCAAGAAAUGGAAAAAACGUGUUAUUUCUUGUGUUUUAUGAGAUGUUGCUACCAGAGGAGUUACCUCUAGUAUUAUAUGAACUAAUACAGAAACAGUCAUACAUUGAGUAUCCCAAUGAUGAGCAUGGCAAUGUUAUUUUCUGGGACAAAAUUAAAGAUGCUAUUCAUGCAUAAUUGAAAUAUGUUAGGAAAGUUGAUUCAAAAAAGGGAUUUUAAUGUAGAAGUUAUGUUUCAUGUUAAGAUUUUUCUUUUAAUUCGUGUUUCAUUAAUGGAUUGACCCUCUCCCUGCUUAUUUUUUGUUUCAGGAAUAAGUUAAUAAUUAAAACAAUUAAAAAAGAACGUGGCAAAAUGAGGAAAAUGAAACUUCUAAAUUAGGAGUAUAAGAAAAUAACAUAAAUUACGACUAUUGAAAAAAACAACUACAGAUUUUUUUUUGAGCUGAGAAUUUGCUAAUCAUGGAAAUAUUGUAUUAUGUUAUCUGUAAUACCAAUGUGCAUUUAUUCUUCCACAAUAUUACCUGUGACUGUGUAGUGUUUAAUAAGGUAAUAAGGGGAAGGGUUAAAGCUUUAAAAACUAGAAUAACCCAAUCAGGAGUAUAUGUGCCUACCCUGAGCCAAUAAUUUCAUCAGUGGUUGUUGUCUUUUUGUCUAUCAAAGAAUUGUAUAAGUUUCAGUUGUGUGUCAAAUUUACUUACACUUUUUCCAGACUUGGGAUGAUUAAGAGUUUGUUGUAAGUGUUGGUACUUGUUCGUGAUUGUUUGAAGACCUUGUGGUGGCCUGUUAAUUUUAAGUUUUAGAUUGAUUUAAAAUUAGUUAAUUUUAACCUCAUAUCCACCUUUCUUUUAAAUAUAUGUUUACACUUUUUCAAUGGUUAAUCAAGACAGGUUUCACAACAAUAUAGACUCACAUUUUUUUAUUUUGUGUAAAGUAUUACCUGAAAUCAUUAUAAUGAAUCACACAUUUUGUCUUUUGUUUAAGAAUUGCAAUGAUAAAUGCCAACAAAAAUUUCUGCAUUCACAGUAUUAUUCUGGUAAACCAUCUGAAUUGAAAUGAAAUCCCCUUUAAUUUAAACAGCAGUUGAUAUUUAUAUAAAAUUGAAAAAGUUGGUCGACACAUGUAUAUGGUUUCUGCUGCAAAACGCAGGGAUACUUAAUUUACUGUGUAUGAAAUUUUUUUUUUCAAAGCCAAAGUUAACAGUAUCAAAUACACUACAGUUCAGGAGACUUUUGCUUUUUUCCAUAUGCCCAAGUUGGACGCCCACUAAAAUUCAAUCAUUGUGGAGAGUGGACACAACUUUUACAUGUCCCCUGUGCCCACCCUUAAAAGUGGACAUGCCAUUUCGUUUUCAAAAAAUAGAAUAGCUAUUGUAUUCAAUGUUUUUACUUAUUCAUAUACACAAUAAACUGUUAUCACAGAGA